CGCGGAGGCAUCUCCGUACGAUACCCGUUCCGUCCCCGCCCGUCCCCGCCCCGUCCCCAUACCCCAGCCAGACCCCAACAUAUAAGAAGCAUAUAUGGCACUGGUGGAAGAAGUGAUCAGCAACAGUCCAAAUGUUGACCACUUUGAGGAAGUCCCUGGCAGACGCCAACCCCCGCCUUUUUCUCGUGUGCGCCUAUGCCUCGCUAGGCUCUGUGUCGCAGGGCUUCGACUCUGCGUGGUGGGGAUCCAUCCUCGGUGCCACAGCGUUCAACAACCAUUUCGGCUCCGUCAAGAGCGUCGCCAGCGAUGGAACCGUUUCGUACAGUCUCAGCACGACGGAGAUCUCGUUGGGGACGGGGUUGGGAAUGGCCUUUGGCAUGAUUGGAGGAUUGUCCGUUUCCUGGCCGAUGAAGUACUGGGGUCGAAAAGCCUGUCUAUGGAUCAUCGCGUCGAUCUUGCUGUCCGGGAUCAUCAUCGAAGCGGUGGCAACCAUUCCGGCGUCGUACGCGUGUCUGAUCGUGGGCAAGGCCCUGGUCAGCAUUGGCACGGGACUCAGUGCAGGCUCGAUCUGCGCGUACCUGGCGGAAUGUGCGCCGCCGUCGAUGCGCGGCGUGCUGGUGACGCUAUACAUCAACAUCCAGUCGGUGGGCAGUCUGGUCGGCGAGAUCGUGGUGUACUGCGUCGUCAACCGCUCCGACGCGGGCAACUGGCUGUUCCCCAUCUGCACGCAGGCCAUCUUCCCGCUGCUGUUCCUGGCGGGCAUCUACUGGCUGCCGGAAUCGCCGCGCUGGCUGGUCGCCCAGGGCCGGCUGGACGAGGCCGAGGAGGUGGUGCGUUCGCUGAGGCCGUGGGCUGAGGAACGCGUGCACCAGGAGGUCAUCGAGAUGGCGUUUGCCCAUGAGGAGGAGCAGCGGCUGGACGCUCAGUUCGGCUGGGUUGAUCUCUUCAAGGGCAGCAACCGCGUGCGCACCCUCGUUGCCAUUGGAACCCAGACCUUGCAACAAGCGCAAGGCUUGACGUACAUCAUCAGCUAUCUGGUUCUGACUCUGGAAGACCUCGGAUUCACCAACGGCCAGUUGAUCAACUUUCUCAUGUACAUCAUCCAAUUCGUGUGCACCGGCACCUCCUUCAUCACGGCCGAGAAGAUCGGCCGCCGCAACGUCCUGAUGGGCGGCGCCUUCGUCCAGGGCUGCUGCAUGAUGGUCAUCUCCGGCAUCGUCACCCAUGAUGCCACGCCGACGGGCAGACUGGGCGACGUCACGCUGGCCAUGUAUCUCAUCUGGAUGGUGUCCAUGGCCUGCAGCUGGAUGCCGAUGGCUUAUAUUCUGGGCUCGGAAGUGCCUGCGCAAGGCCUGCGCGACAAGACGCUGUCGGUGAGUAUCUGGUGGGGAUACGGAGUCGGACUCUUGAUCAUUAUGGGAUCGCCGUACAUGACGGAUGCAGGCUAUGGAGGACUGGGUGCAAAGGUUGGUCUCCCCUUCUCUGUGGUGGGAUGCGUGCUCAGCUCAUUGCAGAUCAACUAUAUCUGGUCGAUUGUCUCGUUCGGGACCUGCGCCUGGGUCUACUUCCUCGCUCCGGAACUCAAGGGCCGCUCGCUGGAAGAAAUCGACUAUAUGUUCGAGGAAGGCGUGCCGAUCCGCCAGUUCGGAACGUGGGAUACCUCUGCGAUGCUGGAGGACAAGCGCCAGAGGGCGGUUGAGACUAUUGAGAAGGUGGCCGUUGCUCAUGUCGAGAGUUUGUAGUAUCUCUAUGUAGUGUGUAUGUAGUAGUUAUACUAGGUAUAUACAUGUAUCUCUAUUGUAUGUAGUAUACUAAUCUAGACUAGUGCCGGACGGACCUCCCGUUCCCCAUACCCCAUUCAUUCCCCGCACCCCACAAACUCUGCUCUUUCAACUUCUGCAUUGUUCCUCUGCAUCGAGUAUCUCGCCAAUGUCCGACUCGAGUUCUCCGCGGUCCAAGCGAGAGGCCAAGAAGCGAACCCGCACUGGUAAUCCACUCUACUCUCUACCUAUACCAUACCCUUCUGACUGAUUAGGCUGUCUC